CCAGGCACACUGCAGCUCGGCGCGGUCUCUCCAGACGCGGCGAGGUAGCUGCAAACUCACGGGCACGCACGGCGCUCGCAGAGCCGAGGGACUCGGGGGAGGGGACGCGCGCUAGGCGCUGGCAGCCACCCUCCGAGCUUGGAGACACCCGGGGCCCAGAACAGGGGAGAGCCCUGGCGGCUGCGGCUUCCCUUUUCUCUCCCAGCUGAGCUCUGGAGAGACUCGGGGACUGGCCCUAAAAAAGAGCAGGAAAUCUUGUUUACCGCCCCGGGAGAGGAGACCAGCGAGCCUUUGUUUGGAAAGUCAGCAUCGCCGGCUCCCGCGGCAAUGUGUUCCUGGUGACAUUAGCCCAGGGUAGACGGGUCGAAGGAAAAGGGGGCUCUCAAGGUUCAGCUCUGCUUUCGGACGAGGAUCGAGAGGGUGACUUUUGUGCAUUUGUUUGAAUUUGUGGAAAUCUUUUAUUUUCCCUCCCUCUUGCCUCUCUUGCCCGCUGCCGGGCAUGUCCUGAUCUGGUGGCCGCGCCUACCAGCCCGGGGCUACCGAUUCGAGCUGUCUCCCGCGGGUCUCCUUCCCCCUUAAUCCCUGACUUUGCAAUACCAGGAGGGCUGAUCUCCGCGAGGAAGGAGGCGGGGGAGUUACAGACACCGGGACUCGAAGCUUGACAUGCUCCAGGGCGGACCGGAGGCAGCCAGGAGCUGAGCGCACCGCCGGGGCUGCUUCGCUAGCCGGCUCCCAGUGCCCUUGCCUUCCGCUGGGCGCCAACCUUGCUCAUCUGUUGGGACGCCCCCUUCUUCCCCGCGGUCCGCGGCCGGCAGGACCAUGCUGCUGAAGGAGUACCGAAUCUGCAUGCCGCUCACCGUGGACGAGUACAAAAUCGGACAGCUGUAUAUGAUCAGCAAGCACAGUCAUGAGCAGAGUGACCGGGGCGAAGGAGUGGAGGUCGUGCAGAAUGAGCCUUUCGAGGACCCUCACCACGGCAAUGGGCAGUUCACUGAGAAGCGAGUGUAUCUCAACAGCAAACUGCCUAGCUGGGCCAGAGCUGUUGUUCCCAAAAUAUUUUAUGUGACCGAGAAGGCUUGGAAUUAUUACCCCUAUACAAUCACAGAAUACACAUGCUCCUUCCUGCCGAAAUUCUCCAUCCACAUAGAAACCAAGUACGAAGACAACAAAGGCAGCAACGACAGCAUUUUUGACAGUGAAGCCAAAGACCUGGAAAGGGAAGUGUGCUUUAUCGACAUCGCCUGUGACGAGAUUCCAGAGCGCUACUACAAAGAGUCUGAGGAUCCUAAACACUUCAAGUCUGAGAAGACAGGCCGGGGACAGCUGAGAGAAGGCUGGCGGGAUAGCCAUCAACCCAUCAUGUGCUCCUACAAGCUGGUGACCGUCAAGUUCGAGGUGUGGGGCCUUCAGACCCGAGUGGAGCAAUUUGUGCACAAGGUGGUCCGAGACAUCCUGCUGAUUGGACACAGACAGGCCUUUGCGUGGGUCGAUGAGUGGUACGACAUGACAAUGGACGAAGUACGAGAAUUCGAACGAGCCACUCAGGAAGCCACCAACAAGAAAAUCGGCGUUUUCCCACCCGCCAUUUCGAUCUCCAGCAUUUGCCCUGCUGCCUUCCUCAGUGCGCAGCGCCCCAUCCAGCGCCCCCGUCCACCCCUCUUUCCACAGAUGCGCCAGAAUUCCUGUCCAUUCCCAAAGACCGGCCCCGGAAAAAAAAUCUGCUCCAGAGACACUCACACUUCCGGAUCCCGAGAGAAAAACACCCUGAAUUUACCUGGUGUCCCACUCUUCUGAAAAGCCAUGUCGGCCCAAGUCAGAGUAACUUCAUGUGAACAUCCCAUUGCGUUUUAUAUUUUCAUUUGAGGCUUUUUUUUUUUUUUUAAGAAUUCUCUGAUCGAGGAAAGGACUGCCUCGUCACUCAGAUGUGUCCUUGAUCUCAGAGUGUGCAUGUGGUUAAAUAUUUUAACAGAUAACAAGAACCCCUACGUGUGCCACACAGCGUCAUAGUGAACAUGAGAUGUAAGACUAGGAAAAAUAAAACAGGGGGGGUACUGAGGACAGAACUUAGCCAGGAAAGGGCUGCAGGAGCUUGCAUGAAGCCCUGCGUUCCAUCCCCCGGCGUGGUUAGCUAGACGAGAGGAUCAGAAGAUGAGGGUUAACCUUAGUUAUGUUAAAAAAAAAAAAAAUGAGGCUAACCUGGGUUAUAUGAGACCCUGAAUCAAAAACAAUCAAACAAAAACCCCACAGCAUCUUUAGAGAUGCUGUGUGGGGGCCCUGGCGAGUCUGACGUAGGUUUCAGUGGUGAACAGGUGAACAGAUGAAAAGCCGUGAAGCCGGUUUUGUUGUUGUUUCUUGUUUUGUUUUGUUUUUAUUGUUUGUAAGAUGUGGUAAAACAAUGAAGUCAAUUUCCUCCCAUCAAACAUGAAAUUCUCAACAACAAAAAAGAAAAUACUCUCAGGUGUCACACGCCUAAUUGUUAAAUUUUGAACUGCUGACCACCAAUACUUGAAUGCCAGUUGUUAUCAAUAUUCCUGUUUGAUUAGUCUGACUCAGGAUUUUGGGGCCUAAUCAACUCCUUAAAUGUUUGAAAAUUUUAAUGACCAAUUUCUAGAGGCUCCAAGUGCAAUUAACAACGACUUCUUUAUACCUUUUCAUAGAAUUUAAUAAAUAUCCCGUCUGUUCCCGUC